UGCUUUGUAUAUUCCAUGAGCUACGUCUGGGAGCGAUGACACGCGGAGGCGGUGACAACUGACACCAAUAUUUAAACGAAUCUCAACCGGUCUUCUGCUAUGACUCAUUCUGGCCUGGCUUGGGAGCCCGGUUCCCUUUAAGGACUCCUGAAUAUAUUUCAAAACUGAAAAGUUUCAGCCAAGUCAAAGCAUUCUGUCUUCACAGAGGUACCUGGGCUGUUUAGAGGAGCCCCAACAGAUUGUCAGUCAUGGCGAACCUUGGUUGCUGGCUGCUGGUUCUCUUUGUGGCCACAUGGAGUGACCUUGGCCUCUGCAAGAAGCGGACGAAGCCUGGAGGAGGGUGGAACACUGGAGGGAGUCGAUACCCAGGGCAGGGGAGCCCUGGAGGCAACCGAUACCCCCCUCAGGGUGGUGCUGGCUGGGGGCAGCCCCAUGGAGGUGGCUGGGGACAGCCCCAUGGUGGUGGCUGGGGACAGCCUCACGGUGGUGGCUGGGGGCAGGGUGGUGGCUCCCACAAUCAGUGGAAUAAGCCCAAUAAGCCAAAAACCAGUAUGAAGCAUAUGGCAGGAGCAGCAGCAGCUGGGGCAGUAGUGGGAGGCCUGGGGGGUUAUAUGUUGGGCAGCGCCAUGAGCAGGCCCCUUAUGCACUUUGGCAAUGACUACGAGGACCGUUACUACCGCGAGAACAUGAACCGUUACCCCAGCCAAGUGUACUACAAGCCCGUGGAUCAGUACAACAACCAGAACAACUUCGUGCACGACUGCGUCAACAUCACGGUUAAGCAGCACACGGUGACCACCACCACCAAAGGAGACAACUUCACCGAGACCGAUGUGAAGAUCAUGGAGCGGAUGGUAGAGCAGAUGUGCAUUACCCAGUACCAGAAGGAAUCCCGAGCCUACUAUGAACCUCGGUCUGCCGCUGUGUUCUUCUCCUCCCUGCCCAUGAUCCUCCUCAUCUCCUUCCUCAUCUUCUUGAUAGUGGGGUGAGGAGCUCUUCCUGUGUGCAGCAUCUAGUCCAUCGAGCUCACAGUCGGGGUGGGGGGGGGGGGGAAUCUGCCUGCAACCCUGUUAGUGGUGGUCUCAUUCUUGCUUCUCUCUUUGUCGCCUGUAGGCACUGGGAAGUGUAGGGUAGAUCCAGAUGCUCUUUAUUCAAGGUGGAGCGAAGCCUUCUUUGGUCCAUGCUAAUAAUGCCUGGCCAGGAAGAAUGGAACAGCAAAUAAUCACGGGGUUGUCUAGGCUUAUUUUUGGCCUAGUAAUUUCAAAACAGUCCUGAAAUAUUUUUGUCUGAGCUCCUCUGUCUCCUCCAGCAUCCAGGACCCAGGGCAUGAACACCUGGGCUUAGUACUGGUUGUGUAACAUGUAGAAAACUUUGUUAUUGUUUUUUUUUUCAUCUCUGGCAGCGUCUCUGCUAACUUUGGAUAGAGGCCAUAUAUACUCAUUCAUAGAAAAUAAAAUAAUUUUAAAUGCUGAAAAAUUUUAGCUCUUAAGCCGCAGGCUCAGCCCACUGGAGGAAGGAAGGGAGGGAGGGAGGGAGGAAGGAAGGAAGGGAAUUAUAUACUAAACACUGAAGGCAAACCUUUAUUCAUUUCCUGGAAAUUGGGAUGCUUUUUGUCAUGAUAUUAAUACCAAGGAAAGCCAGAGCUGUGAAAACAGAAUGUUUCUAGAAGACAGUGUGAUAAAGCCGGUAGGAAGUGCUUGUGUCUUCAUUCGACCUCGUGGCUAUCAACCAGAAUUCUGUCACAUCCUUGAUUUUUACAAUUGGUGUUAAGUCAAA